AGUUUCAACAAAAAACAAAAAUAUUGUAAAAUACGGCGGCUGGUAAGAAUUGUGGGCUGAUAGUUGGUGCGCAAUAUAAAAAAACUGCUUAAAACCCAGAAAAAUUUGAUACCCAUUUCUCAAAACUCAACACAAAAUCUAACUCUCUCUUCAAUUCCCAGAUCAGAUUCAAACAAAGGUUAUAAGAUGGGAUCAGGUAAAUGGUGCCUUCAAAAAAGAGAUAGUUUUAGGAGUGAUUCAUUAUCAGGCAAUGAGAAUGUGCCUGAAACUGGUUGUCUCUCAAUAAUUGUUCUUGGUGCCUCUGGUGAUCUUGCCAAGAAGAAGACUUUCCCUGCGCUCUUUAAUCUUUAUUGUCAGGGAUUUUUACCACCAGAUGAGGUGCACAUAUUUGGCUAUGCAAGGACUAAGAUUUCGGAUGAUGAUUUAAGGAACCGUGUUUGUGGGUAUCUUGUCAAUGAUAGAAGUGCUUCACCCUCAGAAGACGUGUCAAAGUUCUUACAGCUGAUUCAAUAUGUAAGUGGGUCAUAUGAUGGCGCUGACGGCUUUCAGCUAUUAGACAAGGAAAUCACAAAGCAUGAAAUCUCAAAAAGUAGCCAAGAAGGCUCAUCUCGGAGACUUUUUUAUCUUGCACUUCCACCAUCAGUGUAUCCAUCUGUUUGUAGGAUGAUCAGGAAAUAUUGCAUGAAUAAAUCUGAUCUUGGCGGAUGGACUCGGAUAGUUGUUGAGAAACCAUUUGGUAAAGAUUUGGACUCUGCAGAGCAACUAAGUUCUCAAAUCGGAGAGUUGUUUGAUGAACCACAAAUCUACCGUAUUGAUCACUAUUUGGGAAAGGAAUUGGUCCAGAACCUGUUGGUACUUCGUUUUGCUAAUCGCUUCUUCUUGCCCCUUUGGAAUCGCGACAACAUUGAUAAUGUACAGAUUGUAUUCAGAGAGGAUUUUGGAACUGAGGGUCGUGGUGGAUAUUUUGAUGAAUACGGAAUUAUCCGUGAUAUUAUCCAAAACCACCUAUUACAGGUUCUUUGUCUUGUUGCUAUGGAGAAGCCUGUCUCUCUCAAACCCGAGCACAUUCGUGACGAGAAAGUGAAGGUUCUUCAAUCUGUACUUCCGAUUAAAGAUGAAGAGGUUGUACUCGGACAAUAUGAAGGUUACAGGGACGACCCAACAGUUCCCAACCACUCAAACACUCCCACAUUUGCUACUGUUAUUCUCCGUAUACAUAAUGAAAGAUGGGAAGGUGUCCCGUUUAUUCUAAAGGCAGGGAAAGCAUUGAAUUCAAGAAAAGCAGAGAUACGUGUUCAAUUUAAGGAUGUUCCUGGUGAUAUAUUUAAAUGUCAAAAGCAAGGGAGAAACGAGUUUGUCAUACGCCUGCAACCUUCUGAAGCCAUGUACAUGAAGCUAACCGUGAAGCAGCCCGGUCUCGAGAUGUCAACAGUGCAAAGUGAACUAGAUUUGUCAUACAGGCAACGCUAUCAAGGUGUUACCAUCCCAGAGGCUUAUGAACGUCUUAUACUCGACACGAUAAGAGGUGAUCAGCAGCAUUUUGUUCGUCGGGACGAGUUAAAGGCGGCAUGGGAGAUUUUUACGCCUCUUCUACACAGAAUCGACCACGGUGAAAUGAAGCCAAUUCCAUACCGAACAGGCAGCCGGGGUCCUGCAGAAGCAGAUGAGCUCUCGGCUAAAGCCGGUUAUGUUCAAACACAUGGUUAUAUUUGGAUUCCUCCCACCUUAUAGAAACAUUAUAUAUAUUUAUAUAUAUAUAGCUUUGCGGUAUCCUAUCACCAUUGCCAUAGAAAGAAGUUGAGGUUUGUAACAGAUACAAUAAAAUGCUAAGCCUAAGAGCUUUGUAACUUUUCCCUUUAAAUCAUGUUUGGAACACUUUUAUAAAGGGUCUUUCCUUGUUAUAUUUACAACUUAUUCUAUUUUGGUUCAAA